AGGAAGCAUACGCGCGCUCUCUAGCGAAACACUUGCGCCGUGGUAGUCACGUAUUUCUCAAACUUGUUUUUAUGUAUGAAUGCUAAAGUGUAGCAUUGAUUAUACUUUUGAAGUUCACUAUAGUGAUCAACCAGAAAGUUGUGGUGCUUAGUUCCUUAUCUCUUAUACUUCGAGAUUGCCAAAGUGCACAAUUGAGAGAAAACUUGUUUUGUUGCUCGCCGUAAGAAAUGUAGACCAGUCUUAGGUGAUGAGGUGCGGCCGGAGAUAAGCGUCUGGACCCGGAAGGACCGCGAUAAGGCCGGCCUUCGGUUUCCCGCGCAUGCGCCUUCGUCGGCGGCUGUCGGAGGCCCCGCUCAGCAACUGCAGCGACGACAAGAGCAGCGAAGGAGUGCGGGGAGAUAGCAUCAAGGAGGAGCUUGCCAGUCCGCCGCGCACCGCCCGUGUGUCAGGGAUGCUCCUGUAGGGCCCUUAUCGGCUUCCAUCGCGACAGGGACCUCCGUCUUCCUGCCCCUGAAGUCUCCCGCUCUCUCUCUCUCUCCCUCCUCCUCCUCCCCCUCCUCGCUCUUCGCACCGCCGCCCCUUCGCCGCUCCCAAGAUGAAGCUGAAGGAGCGCCUGGUGAUCGGCGUGAUGGCGGGGCUCGUGCUCCUGACGGUGGUCCUCGUCCUCGACGUCGAGACGGGACUGACGUCAGGCGACCGCCCGCGCACGCCCGCCCACGCCCGCGUCCGCUACGCCUUCAGACAGCGGCACCUGCAGAAGACCAACAACGGGUCCCGCGAGGCGUCCCUGGCAGCGGCCGCCUCCGCCCAGCUCAGCGCCGCCGUCGACGACCCCGCCCACCCGCCCCCUCCCGGCCCCGAUAACCUCGUGGCCGUGGGCGCGACGGGCGGGCGCCAGGAGCCCAAGACCACGUCCACGACCCCGCCCGACCCCUACAACGACCUGGUGGAGGCGGUGGUGAAGGUGGACAGCGUGAGCAAGUUGUCGAGGCGCCGUCGGAAGCACUGGAACCCCACCCUCGGGGAGCUCCUGGGCAUCGAUCUGAGUGAGAGGCCGAUGCGCGCGCACCCGGACCCGAGCGGACCCCCUCGUGAGCCCUUGAGUUAUGAGGCCGUUGAUCACUUCCCGCCCGAUGCGAGGGACAUCGGGCGCCCGCGAUGA